CAGGCCCAUGUUUGAGGUGAGCAUCGACGGACAGGAUCAGAUUCAGUGUGUCCUCCUCAAAGGUCACGGAACUCGUAGCCUGGAGUGGGAGGCCGCCUGGCAGUGGCAGCGUUGGGGCCAUGCAAACAAAAUCAGAGCUGCAGCAGGGGCUGCUGGCACCAGUGCAAAAGCGCGAGGAGGUGGUUAGAAGAGCAAAGGCUACUCGUGUCAAGGUCGCGGGGUGCAGCUGCAGUGGUGUUAUUGCCCCUUCUUGAUUUGCUUUCUGUGACGACACCACUCUCGGUCGUUUGAAAGCUUCUUUAAUGUUUCCUGGAAGGAUGCGUUAUCUCUGAAGUUUUUCUGAAGGUGCACAGUCCAUGGGAUGCCAUGGCUAUAACCGCUUUGAACCAUGAAGACGGGCAUAGCGACACCGCUGAAAGUGAAGAAGCGUAUUCAGAGCUGCCGCGGAAGUCAAGCUUCAGUCAGUUGCUGGCAAGGUACCUUGGGAUGGGCUUUCUAUCAUGCUUUGGCAUAGUAGGAGCUGGCCCUGAGGAGAAACCCAGAGCUUCCACUGACUCUGACGACAUAGGUGCCCUCAGACAACACUUGUCUCAGCCCCAAGAAGUCCCUCAAGAUGAUUUUGCAACAAUUCAAGACGAGCCAUAUGCUAAGAUUGUCGAGAGCUUUGGGCCAGAAAACUCGGUUCCUGCAAGUUUCCGGACAAGCUUCCUUGGGGCAGACUUUGACAACGAGUUUAGCUUAACCAACGGGGUUAAGUGGCAGGUCUGGCAGCAGCCUGGGGAGCUAACUCAAGAGGCAGUCAAACAUUUUGAGUCUCGGUCAGCUGGAGGACCACUUCACCCGUCACCGGCAGCGCCGCUUAGCCCGUCACUCUCAGAAGUACAUCCUGAAUUGAGUCCCCACAGUGAUGCCGGCCCUGACUUGAGUCCGCAUGCUGACGGCCAUAGUGCAGUCAAUCCGCCACCGGGAGAGCACUGGCAGGGUCGGGGAGAAACACCUGAGGCAUUGAGUCAUGGUUUCGGGUCUCGUGAAAUUGGUGUGGCCAUGGCAGCAACCACUGCUUCGAGCCCAAGGUCAAGGGAACGGCAAGGGGACUAUGAGACAGACAUGGGUCUGGUGAAUGGUGAAAACCUGGAGAGUUCUUGCUCCAGGGGGGCCGAGCCUGAGGAGGGAUUAGAUACUUCAGAUGGUGCGGCGUUGCUCUCCAAGCUCGGCGCCCCUCAUACUAUUCCCCUUACGCCAGAGAUUGAAGAGGAGCUGCGGCGCAGCAAUUCGUUUCAGCUGCAGGCGCCCCCUGUCAUCAUGAGGGGUAUCUCUAUUGGCAGCCCAUUCAGCACGCCCGGGUCGGAGGCAGCCGGCCUCCGUUCCGGGCCUUUCUCUGAGCAUCUUUUUAGAUCAAAUACUUCGCCAGGCACGCAUACAAAGGCUGGGGACACUCUGCGAGCGGAGCUGUUGCAGGGGGACCUCAUAACAAGCUCUGAAAGGUCCCCUCCGCUGGGGCUGAUGAACUCACAGAGCGCCACCGCAUAUGGGCGAAGUUCUAGGCGGUCUGCCUCUUUGCAAUUGCAAAGGUCGGAUUCACUGCGCUCAGAGGAUUCGCUUAAGCGAGUCAAAGAAACGCACCAGAUCAAGGAGGGGGAGGAUGUUGAGGGGCACAAGACAGUAAAUCAGUACGUUAAGCUGAGACGGCUUGGCACUGGCAGCUACGGCAAGGUUGUACUGCACAAAGACAGCGUCACUGGCAAGCUGUACGCCAUGAAGAUCCUUCAUCGGUCUCGGUUGAUGCACGUUCACAUCUCAGGAGAGGAGACAGCUUGGACUGACGUGCUGCGGGAGAUAGCCAUCAUGAAACAGCUUGACCAUCCAAACCUUGUCACCUUGCAAGAGGUUAUCGACGAUCCUGACAAUGACAAGAUCUACAUGGUGCUAGAGUACGAAGAGAAGGGUCCGGUGUUCGAGGGCACUGGCCCGGAAGGAGGGGUCGGGGAGGAGCGCGCACGGGCGUACACACGGGACGUUCUUGCGGGCCUGCAGUAUCUGCAUUACCACAACAUCGUGCAUGGGGACAUCAAGCCCGAGAAUCUGAUGAUGUCGGCCGAUGGCCGUAUCAAGAUUGGUGACUUCGGCGUUAGCCACAUCUUCGAGAACGAGAACGACCAGCUGCGGAGAACGCCCGGCACACCCGCUUUCACCGCCCCUGAAUGUUGCAUGGGCGUUCCCUACCACGGCAAGCCGGCUGACAUGUGGGCCCUGGGGGUGACCCUGUACGUGUUUGUGACGGGCCAGUACCCGUUCCUGGCGCAGUCGCACUCGUUGGCGGACCUAUACCAGGCGAUCCUCCAUGAGGAGCCCGCCAUUCCGGCGCACCUGCCCCCCCCCCUGCAGGACCUGCUUCGGAAGCUGCUGGAGAAGGACCCCAGCGAGCGGGCCACCGCAGAGGAGGCCGCCCGCCACCCCUGGCUCACAGCGGAGCUGGGGCCGCUGCCGCAGGUGGAGCUCAGAGCAAUUGAUGUUGACGCGGAGCAUGUGGACACGGCACUGACACGGCUGGAUGACGAAUCAAAGUCUCGGCUGGCCAGGCUGUUUGCGCGACAUGCAGCCGCGGUGUGGCGUAAGAAGGCAAGCGCUCUCGCCCGUGAUUCCAGGGGUGAAGACAGUGAGCCCCUGUCCCGCACUUCCUCCAUCAGGAGUGCAGAUGCUUACGACAGCGACUUCAGUGCCCCAUCGUCUCGCUAUGGGUCACCAAAAAGAGACAGGGAGCCAACCACUUCGCCUCUUCGCAUGGGAAGCUCUAGAUUUGGGGGCAACGAAAAAGCUUAGGGUACAACUGCUGAGUCUUGAGGAACCAGCGGGGUCUGGUUGAAUCUCUAGUGUUGCAACGCGUUACACAUUUGUAACAUGAUAGUUGAUACGGUCCUCUUUGCGAUAUAGUCUGCUUAAGUAACAAUCUCGGCGUCAUAAGCCUUGGGCUUAAGGUUGAUUCUUUAGUCCAGGACAUCGGGACAUAAAUGUACGGUGAUUGAUUUAAACGAUUGUGAGUAAGCGUCCACUCCAUGUGAACCAUGCGUUGCUUUGCUCCACGAAACAUUGAUCUGAUGGCAAAGGUUGAUUAGUGCAGGCCUUCGUGCGUACUUAGAUUGUGC